CUCUCUCUCUCUCUCUCUCUCUCCUGGCGAGAGAGAACCAUGGGAGCGUGCGCCACGAAGGCCAGAGCCGACGGGGACGCGUCCCCGCCGCUGGAGCAGCCGGCCGCCCCGCCGGAUCACCAGGUGAAAGAUGGCGGAGGAAGGCGGGACGUUCAGCGGGGGCCGGCGCAACCGCAGGAGAACCGGCGGAGAUCUCUCAGUGACUUGUUCCAGAAUGAAGAGACGAGCAGUUCCUCUGAGACUGCUAAGAACAUUCUAUCGGAGACUGUUACAUCAGAACCUGUGUUACCAAAGGAAGAAGUGAUCGAGUGCAAGGCAUCGAAAGAAGCAGUGGUGCAAGAAACAGAUGAACGACCUACGCAGAUUUCUAAAGCCGAAGCCGCUCAAGCUAUCACGACUGCUACCCCACGGGAGACUUCUGUUCCUUCUACGGCGGCAGAUUCCGUAGCAAGCGUAGCAAAUGCAGUAGCAUUGGGUUCAGAAACUAAAGCCCAAGUCGAAACUGCUAAGGUGGAGGCAACAGAUUCCAGUGUCACAGAAGGUAGUCCAGAUGCAGAGGAGAAGAUGACAGAUGCAUGAUUGCCUGUUUACUGAUUGCCACAAUUUACACCGACAUGGUUUACAGGUAAACAUGGCUGAUCUGAUGGAAUUACUCUUCUGCGUCUGUUGUCUGUUCAUCAUUCGGCUGUUUCCUUUCACGAUUCAAAUCCCGAUUGCAUUGUAGAUUUGAUUUUUUAUCUGCUCAUGUUCUGUGGUAAGAAAAAUAAAACUAUAUGUAGCAGGAUAUGAUAUUUUUAAAUAAUUCUUGUAUAUCCUCCUUGCUGAGGAGAAUUAAACUCCUACAGGACUUGUAGAAGCUCUUGGCAGUAUGCUCUUAACUAUUGCAUUCUUGUAAGAAUCAGUACAAAAAACAAAAUUCUUCACUGUUUUGAUUCAUAAA